CUGAGGACACCUCCUCCUCGUCUCACAUGUAGCUGCAGCCAGGGACAGACAAGUGGCUGAAGAAAAAAAUAAUCCAGAGAGAUUAGGGUGGAUUGAUGGACAACGUUUUUGGUCAGGUUCGUCUUUAUAGCCACAACUAAGUCCAGGGUGGUGAUGGUCACAGUGUUGUUCAUAGUCACAACUAAGUCAACCUGGUGAUGGUCACAUUGGUCUUCAUCAUCACAACUGAUUCACACUGGUGAUGGUCAUGUUGGUCUUCAUUGUCACAACUAAGUCACCCUGGUGAUGGUCACGUUGGUCUUCAUCAUCACAACUGAUUCACACUGGUGAUGGUCAUGUUGGUCUUCAUUGUCACAACUAAGUCACCCUGGUGAUGGUCACAUUGGUCUUCAUCAUCACAACUGAUUCACCCUGGUUAUGAUCACGUUGGUCUUCAUCAUCACAACUGAGUCAUUCUGGUGAUGGUCACGUUGGUCUUCAUUGUCACAACUCAGUCACCUUGGUCUUCAUAGUAACAACUAAGUCAACCUGGUGAUGGUCACUUUGGUCUUCAUCAUCACAACUAAGUCAUCCUGUUGAUGGUCAUGUUGGUCUUCAUAGUCACAACUGAGUCACCCUGGUAAUGGUCACAGUGUUCUUCAUAGCCACAACCAAGUCACCCUGUUGAUGGUCACAUUGGUCUUCAUCAUCACAACUAAGUCACCCUGGUGCUGGUCACAUUGGUCUUCAUAGUAACAACUAAGUCAACCUGGUGAUGGUCGCUGGUUUUCAUCAUUACAACUAAGUCAUCCUGAUGAUGGUCACAUUGGUCUUCAUUGUCACAACUGAGUCACCCUGGUGAUGGUCAUGUUGGUCUUCAUUGUCACAACUGAGUCACCCUGGUGAUGGUCUUCAUAGUCACAAAUGGUGACAAAUCCAUAUGGUUGUUCUAAGAGACUGAAAGACUUUACUGUAGGGUUCACACAGGACAAAAGCCAUAUCGUUCUAAAUGUCAUGAUUGUUUUUAGAUGUUCAUCAGCAUUGAUCCAACCUCAGAGGACAACAGGAGAGAAAUUACUUCAGGGUUCUGGAAGUGACAACAACCUUAAAUCAAAUUCAAGAGAGAAGCAAUACAUUCUCUGGAUGGUGACAGGUUUUUCUUUCAAAAUCUGACCUAACUAAAUACCUGAUGGAACACACAGAAGAGAAGCCUGGUCUGGGUUCUGACUGCAUCAUAGUGUUUCCAAUGCAACCAAACCCUGGACUUGGGGGAGCUCAGACUAAAGUGAAGAGGUAUUUUUGUUCUCUAUGUGGCAAAGCUUUCGCAGUAAUGUCGCAACUGAUCACACACGAGAGGAUUCAUACAGGGGAGAAGCCAUUUCAGUGUGAAUGUGGCCAAGCUUUCACAACCAAGACCAAACUUAGCAGACACCAGAGGGUUCACUCUGAAGAGAAGCUGUAUCAGUGUUCUGAAUGUAACAGACCUUUUAGAGAGAAGGGAACCCUUCUUAUGCACCAGAGGAUUCAUACUGGAGACAAGCCCUAUAAGUGUGUUACUUGUGGCAAAGCUUUUAAAAUUAGGUUUGAUCUCAUCAAUCAUGAAAGGGUUCACACUGGAGAGAGGCCCUAUCAAUGCUCCCAAUGUGACAAAGCUUUUACACGGAAGUCAAACCUUCUCAGACAUCAGACGAUUCACACGAUAGAGAAACCAUUUCGAUGUUCCGAAUGUGGUAAAGCUUUUUUAGAGAUGUCAGGACUUAUCAAACAUAAGAAGGCCCACGCUGGAGGAAAAACAUAUAUAGAGAAGCCUUUUCAAUGCACUGAAUGUGACAAAGCUUUUGCACAGAAGCCACAUCUUAUCAGACAUCAUAAGCUUCACACGGGAGAGAAGCCAUUUCAGUGUUCUGAAUGUGAUAAAGCUUUUAUACAGAAGACACAUCUUAUCACUCACCUUAAAGUUCACACUGGAAUACCAGAGGGUUCACCCUCUUCAUCCUCAACUGCUGAGAAUAAACUCUGGGAGAAGGGGGGUAUUAAAGGGGUAGAAACGAUGCCACUGUGACAGUUUUGGAUGUCCGAGUAGUUCCACAUCUCAUGCCGUCCAACAAACUACUGGAACGGUACAAUGAUACUUUGAAAAACACACUGGGCCAGAUUCAGAGACGAGAUACGACGGCGUAUCUCCUGAUACGACCGACCGCACUCAGAGAUACA